AAAAACCUAAUAGACAAUAUUUUUUCUUAAAACAAGUGUGUGAGUGUGUGUGUACAUAGAAAAAUUAUAAAAAUAUAAAAUUUUUAUAAUUUAUAAAGAGUUAUUAAUUAUAAUACUUAUAUAAAAAGAAGUACUUAGUACAUACCACUAUGGAGUCCACAGGAGGCAGCUCCGGCUCUGCAAUGACGGCGGCGGCUGCCAUGCCAUCUCCGUCAGUUGUGGCUGAUGGUAGCAAAGUUUUUUGUUCUUCUCUAUUUAAAGCCACGAACUAUGAAUUUGAUCCCAGUAUUUCGGAAGAAGAAAGACGCUUUUAUCUAAAAGCCUAUCCAACAGUCGAUGUGGUGCGUGAACGUAAGACACAUUGUACAGUAUGUAAGGUACAUAUUGGUACAGCACCGGUGCAGGAGAAUGGCAUUAAAAUGCAUCCUAUCUUACGUGUGACACACUGUAAUAAAUGUCAUGAUUUUUACAAUAGCGGUGAAUUUAGUAAGGGUGAAGAUGGUUCGGAAUUGUAUUGUCGUUGGUGUGGACAAGGUGGUGAAGUGUACUGUUGUUCCAGUUGCCCGUAUGUCUUUUGUAAAUCUUGUAUUGUUAAGAAUUUAUCAAGGGGUGUAGUGGCUGAUAUUGAACAGAAUGAAAAUUGGAAUUGUUUUAGUUGUGCCCCGAAAAUAUUGUGGCCAUUGAGGGCUCAGCAUUGGGCUCUCAUGAAUUAUAUUGAACAGCAGAAAAAAGAAAUCUAUGCACUUCAUCUAAGUGAGUCGGAGUUAAAGUUAAAUUUAAGUAAAGAUCGCAGCAGGUGUUGUCGUUUGGCAAAGUCAAAAUGUGGCAAUAUGUCCGAUUCUAUGGAAAGUUUAGAUUCGGUGGCUUCGAAACGCAGUCAUGGCAGUAGCCAAUCUGCCAAGAAACCCAUGAAACAUUCGGCUACACCUUCGCCGCAACAAAUGAAUGCAGCCAAACGUGCAAAAACCAACGAUGAAGUAGUCUGUACACCAGACUUGCUCAGUAUGCUGGAGCCUGAUUGUCAAAUAACUGUCUCCCAGAAAUCUAACAGGCCUAUGAAUACUCCUUCGGCCACUACACCGAAAAUUAUGUCCAUUCAGCAGCCACAAGCCGGUUAUGGUGCAAUGUCUUCAACACCCAAAACUUCAGCACCACCACCAUUAGUAUUACGCAACACCGCUAUAAAGUUAAGGCCAGCUGCACCCCCACCAGUUGUUAGACGCACCAUAAUAGGACCACGUACUCCCACUCCGGGAGGUAAUGGCACUCCUGUCUAUCACACAAUCAAUGGUUAUCGUAUUGAUUUGAAUUCUGCUGCCCAGCAAGAGACUUUCCGUUUACCAAAUGGUAAACUUAUACAAGUUAAACGACAAGGUCCUCCUACACCCCAAAAUGCUUCGCCAACAGCAAACAAUUGGCAGCGCAUGAGCAGCCCUCAGCCACAAAGGGUCAUACCACAAACUAUAGCUUCACGGCCAGUGCAAAUUACACAACAUCCCUACAAUAUCAGUGUACAACAGCAGCCAGGACCACAUCCUCAGGUGGUGCGUUAUCACAAUAGUAUGAUUGGUUCCACCUCGAUUAGUCAGGUCAAUCAUAAUGGCACAACAAUACAAGUUGUAAAUGGUCAAAUGCCUGCUGGACCCCAACAGGCACAACAACAGCAGCAACAACAAAUUCAAUUAAGUGGCCCCGUACGUCCCGUUAUGGUACGUCAUGUCUUUCCCGACAAUCCCAUCGGUCAGGCACGUGCUGGUUUACAAGAUCAAGUCUUUAAUGCUAUGGAAAUUUGCACUCAUCUCACGAAUAAAGUUCAAACUCUUACCAAUUCGAAUGCUUACAAACAAGCUCGUAACUUUUUGGAAGUCAAAGAACUUUAUAUACAUCUUUCGUAUUUGUUGACAUAUGCCAUUGGACGUUUCAAGAGUUUGCAGGACAAAUGUUUGGGUGAUAUGCGCACGCUUGGUUUCGGCAAUGAUGCCGAUUGUUUGGAAAAUGGCCAAUUGGCAGCUGCCGUCGAUUAUGUUUGUUAUGGCCAAUUGGAUGAUGUGGAUUUGUUUAAUACCGGCACCAAUAGUUUUCACAAUCAAGUGUAUGAGUAUCGUAAAAGUUUACAUGCCAAUUUGAAAGAGGGAGAAGAUGGCGCUAAAUCUCCUCUACCGCCCAUAUUCAGUUUGGGUCAAGGUAAAUCUGAGGAGGUGGAUGAAGAUAUGGAGGGUGAGGAUAGUUUAUUAGAAGAACCCAAAGGUUUGAAAGGUCAUUGGUUAGAGGGUGGUGAAGAUUCUCCCCUACCGCCCAGUUAUAAUCAAGAAAACGAAGAAAAUGAAGAACCAGAUGAAAGCUACAUGGACAAUGAUGAUGAUGAAGUCUAUAAUCGUAGUACAACCAGAGGUGGUGGUGGAGGAGGAGGUGGAGCUUAUGGCGAUAGUUUAAUGCAAGGCACUGAAGAAUCUAUGCGAAAAAAUGAAGAAAGUUAUGUUUUUGAUCGUAAACUAACACGUCUGGUAUCGCAAUAUCCCUCGAUUUGGUGUACCCGUCAUCCAGACUAUGGCAAUUUUGAGGUAACACGCAAACAAUGGCGUACCAUAGCCUCACAUUUCGAUGGUAAUGAACAUAUAAAAUUACGCUGGAAAAACAUACGCAAACGUUUUGUACGCAUUGAAAAACGUAUAGCCGAAGGUAAACGUUUUAAUGGUCAUUUCGAUAAAGCUAUGGCAUUUUUGGCCAAUCGAGAUUUACCCGAAGAUCAAUGGGUGCCCGUGGAUUGUGGUGAAGAUGAUGGUGAUACCUAUAGUCGUCGUAAUUUAGAUGCUAUUGAACAAUCAUUACAUAUACAGGGUAAGGAUGAGCUGGUGGAACGUGCCAGAGAAGAGGAAAAGGAUAGGGGAGAUCCUUUUCAAUUUCAACCGGCUGUUAAGCCCAUUGAUGUGGAACCUUUAGAUUUGAGAAUUAUAACAUUUGUUAAAAGUAAUCCGGUAAUAUGGCGUAAAUCUAUGGAUCCCGAAGCAGAUAAAAUCGAUGAAGAAACACGACGAACUGUAUGGAAACAAUUGCAAAGAUGUGUACCACAUAUACCAGGAGAAUACAUUAAAGAUCGCUGGCAACAUUUAUAUGAAAUGUACAAAACAUUCCGUUUGAAAACUAUUAAAUCUGAAGAAGAUCGUUCCAAUUUAGAAUUAAAAUAUUCCAAAUAUUUGGCUAAACUUUAUUUUCUUUAUAAAAUCGAUGAAGAAGAAUUAAGAAAUGAAAAUAAUGGCCUGUUCGAAGACUGUUUCGAGCUAGAAGAUGACGAAGAGGAAGAAGCUGAACGUGCUGGCGAAGAGGAAACAGCAGAUUCCGAUGAAGAAGCUACAAAAAAAGAAAAUCCCAUAAAACUACAAGAUAUGCCAGAUGAUAAAGAAUUUCUAUUGGAAUUAGUAAAACUGGUGAGAGAAUAUCCUGCCAUUUGGAAUACCAAACAUAAUGAUUAUAAUGACAUUAUGGUGCGCGAUAGUUAUUGGCAAGAAAUCAAUGAAAAACUGCAAGAAUUUAAACGUGAUGUCAAGUCUAUUAAAUUACGCUGGCAAUUGGCCAAAUAUAGUUAUUAUCGUUUAAAACGUGAGCAUGGACAAAUUCUGGAAAACACCAAAAUGGAACAGUAUUGCAAAAAUUUACCAACAGAUGAAAUGAAAUUUUUGGAUUAAAUUUAAGAAAACUAUAUUUAAAUUAUGAAAAACUUUCUAAACUACAAACCAACAUACAUACAUAUAUACAUAGAUCAUAAGUAAUUUUGUUUUUAAUUUAGUUUUUAUUUGAAUUAUAUAUAUACGUAUACUCUUCUACACUUAAUCCUAAACAUCACCCAUUCUUUUCUGAACUACAUAUUGGAAUCAUAACAAUUAUAAACUUAUUAAUUAUAAAUUAUAAAAGAAAAUGAAAAAAUAAAUCAAUAAUUAUAAAUAUUAUUAUGGGAAAACAAAGGACAAGGUUU